GGUGCAAAAUUGCAAAUGUUAUCUAUGAUAAAGUGCGAAGCGGGCGGAAAUGGAGCUGUCAAAAGAAGUAGUGGAGUAUUUGAAAAUAGCGGGUGACAGUAGUAAAAUAUCGGAAGAAUGUUGUCAUCAUAUACUAUCUACAGCUGUUGCUAGUAUAUUAGGGAAGUCAGUUACCUCUCCUGUGUUGGAUGAGCUGUUGAACACUCAAUCUUCUAUAAAGGGUGCUUAUGGUGCUCUUUUAGUUUUGCUUGUGGAAGCUUCAAGGUUAAAUUUAACACCAGAUUCACUUGGAACUGCACUGCAGCAAGAGUACAGCUUUAAUGCUAAGCGAUGUAGUAGUGUAAUGCAAUGCUACAUUAACAAUAAAAACAAAAUAAGGGCUGCACUUAGUCACAUUGGACAGCAUCCUCCACAUGUUACUGAUGUCAGAUGGGAAAUGGAUUACUGUGUUAAGGUGAGCAGUCUGGAUCUUGUCCGUGAAGCCACUUAUAACAUACAACUUGAAGUUGAAAGAUGUCAGGGCAAAACACACACAGAGGAAAAUACAAUAACUUUCUCCUGUUCUGUGGGUGAGCUACAGAACUUGGUGUGGAAACUAAAAGAAGCAGUCAAACACUUGGAAAGAAUCUCUCUUAAAUAACUGUGUCCCUGAAGGACCAGUAACAAAAUAGACAUAAUCAUUUUUUCACACAGAUAGCUAUGUGUGCCACAACAGAUUAUUUCAUUUCUUCUGUAUAAGUUUUUUGUGGUGUAGUUCACAUAAAUCAUUAUCCUAUAAGUGUCUAUGUAUUUUCUGGAUGAUAGUCGUUUCACCCAUUGUAUCAAGAUGGUACCUGUUUUCAGUGUUGGGAAUGAUAAUACACAUGUUCUACCUCCAGAACUCUGUAUUUGUAAGUAACUUUUCUAAAUGGUGUGCAAGCAGGGAAGAUUUUGCAUUACAUGCCUCUAUUGUUGUUUUAGUAUGAAGGGAACUUUUUAAAUUGUACUGAUAGUUUCAAAGUAUGUAAUAUGAUUUUUAGCAUUCAGUUUCUGAUAAGUAUUAUUGUAAUAGAAGUUUUUCAACUGAUGGAAUGCUUCAUGACCAUAAAGUUAUAAAGCUGCUAUUAUUAUUAUUAUUAUUAUUAUUAUUAUUAUUAUUAUUAUUAUAUUUUGCAUAUUUCAUUACCAAGUAUUCUAUUUUAUAUUUGUGCUCAAUGUUGGAUUUAGUUUUUGUUAGAUGUUGUUAACCCACUUGCUGUAUUGAACUGGCUGCAAAAUAUAAAUGACGAGAAACAGUAAGAAGACUGAAUAAACAGUGUGAUAAUACACAGUAAAGUGUUGUCUGGAGAAUUUCUGUUGUUGCUUUAAUAAUUUGUGUUGAGUGCAAGAAAGUAUUACAGAUACAUGAAAACUGAGUACAUAUUGUUGAUGAAUACCCAGUUAAUAUUCAGAUUUUCGCCAAGAGUUAUAAUGUUACUAUGAAAACAUCUUUUAGAAUAAAUGUCUGGUUCCUAGUAGUUGAUUGAAAUUUUUUGAUGCACAUUCUGUUGUUUCUGAUGUGGGAAUUGGUCUCAUAAUGGAUUCUGAACCUCAUGUUGACUAACUAGUCAAUUUGCCAGAUACUGUGAUAAUUUAAUGUGGAACAUCCUUGUGAUCAGUGCAAAAGUGUUUUGUGCUAUGGGUGAGAUAGUAAACUUGAUACUAGUUGUUUACAUAAUUCUGAAUUGGCUUUGCAUUACUGCUGGCCAUUUUUUACCUUUUAUGCAGAUGUUGCCACAUUUCAUCUCAGCAGCAGUUUUCCCCUAUGCUGCUCAAAACUGCAUGCUAUAAUUGAAUGUGUUUCAACCACCCAAAAUGAAAGAUUUUUCUUCUGACCAUCAUGAGCUUAUCAUAUUCAGUUGUUUCCUUUAGUCAACUAUUAGAAGACACUUGUGUGAGAACAAAACGUAUUAACUCCUGUGUUACAAACUUAAACCUAUGAUCAUAUCGCUACAAUGUCAAGACAUUUUGGAUAAAUUUGUGUAAAAUUGUAUAUUUGGUAGAUUUUGUUCAUUCCACCUAUGAGGCGUGGCUGUAAAAUAAUGGGACUAUUGCUGUAAAAAAUUUUAUUUAAAAAACA